AUGAACGACCAGCAUAAGGAGAUCACUCCAUCGGCAACUUCAAUGACAAUGAACGAAGAAACCGUAAUAGUACAAGGUAUCACGAGCGAUACACCUACUACCAAUCGACCCGGAAGCUUUCUACCUGCAAAUACCAUCAAGCGUGAUGGAAUUUCCGAAUCCGAUGAUGAAGGCGGGUUUGUAUAUGGAAACAUGAUGUCCGAAGACGACAUACCGGUAGAUGAGGAAGAAGAGAUAGAAAAUGUGACGCUCUCUUCGAAACGCAAACGUACAUCCGUUAAUUACGAUCUUUCUUGGGAAGAACCAGAUCCCAGUGCUAGGCCAAAACGGACAAAGUCAAAACCCACUAAGCCCGCCCCGAAAAUGCGUGGGGUCAUUAUUGGCAUCUGGAGAGAGUCAGAGCAGCCCAAAGACGAGGAUAAGCAAAUCAUCCAUGGCUUCAUUGAUGAUGGAGAUCGCCUUCGUUUUAGGAUGCACGGCACGAACCGUCAGCACAAUAAAACUCUCGCCAUCCCUCCAGGACCCUACGGUUGCUGGGUCAAGAUGCAAAACAUUAUCUUGGAUCCUCAUCUCAGUGGUAUGACUCACGAAGAGCUCAAAAAAUAUGUGCUUCUCGAGUCACGGAAAGAUCUCGAGGAGCCCAAACAAUCAGCUGGGUAUCCCCAAGAUAUAUCAGAUAUGCUCAAAGCUUCUCCGAACGUCAAAGACACCCAAGCAUCACCUAAAUCUGAAAUACUUCUCGGCUAUUGGAAAGACUCGAGCGAAAAGGAUAUCAAAAACAAACAUGCUGUAUUUGGUACUGUCACUAUCAAUGACCGUUUCCGAUUUAUCGUUCGAAGAUCAACUCGUGAUGGACGUGAUAUGAUCGGGAAUUAUCCGCACGGCGGCGGCAGAUAUCAGGUUCAGUUCGAUAAGAUAGUGCUCGAGCCAAAUCUAUUUAAACUGAAGCGUUCGGAGAUUGAGCAGUAUAUUCUGAUUCGUCAAAAACAGCUUCAGGAUGCCGAGUCGAAUCCGCACAAGCGGCUACACAACCGUCACAACGUGAAGAAGGCAAUAAAGAAGGCAGUCAAAGUAGUUAAAGCUGCCAUAGCUUUACAACAAUUGCCAAUUGCCACUAUCUUUGGAGCCUCAUCUACCAGUUCCGCAUCCGCAUCCGAGCCAGAUCAAGAUUCAACAUCCGAAGAAGAGGAAAUAAAACCAAGCAAAAAGCAGCCUGAAGGCCACGCAGCUGAUGUUUUGAGAAGAGUGACGACACGCCGCAAGUCACAACAUAAGCAGGUGACUAAUGGUGAUCCGGACAGUGCAAUUCCGGAGGACCAGUCUGCUUCCCAUCGAAAGGCAUCGGCUGAUCGGUUCUCCAAAUCGAUGGAGAAGUUGAACAAAGAGUGGGAAGCUCAACGAGCAGCCAUUCCUCGAGAGAAAGCCACCUCUCAAGAGGCAGCCAUGCUUCCGCAAUCUACUAUGACUAGCGUAUCUGUGGUUAAUGACGAUGUCAAGGUCCACAACGACGUCAAAUACACAAGGAGACAUAACGGUUUGUUUGAGGGAAAGCAUGUUGCGCCACCUCAGCUUUUGACUAUCGACGGUGAAGAUUAUGUCGAGUAUCGAGUUCUGACCAAGCCAACUAUGUUCUAA